GUUAUAUGAUAUCGCUAGUUUAUGGAUAUUGGACAUUUAGUGUCUUUGGUUAUUUUAUUGUCAUUUAUUUUCGAAAAUGCUUCGCAAGUAGACGGAUAUGCAACACUAUUCUUAAAGUUUGUUAACAUUACAGUGAGUUCGUCAAGUGGACAUUGCAACUCUUUCUCAAGACCAGAUUACUGUGAUUUGUACUUUAAAAUUUGCAUAGGUGAUCAAAAUUCGAGGGGGUGCAACAUUUUAGAUAUGAGAACACCGAAAUCUUCUUUAAUGAACCAGAAUUCUAUAUCUUUUGGUGAUUUAAUAGACUAUAUACCAAACCCACUGUCCAGAAUAAUAGACAAACUUCCGGUAACAUUCAUAUAUUUUGGUUAAACAACUUACAGUCUAAAUUGUACUUGAAGAUCGAAGUUUGGGAUGCAGAUUAUUCGUUUUCUGAUUUAGAUGACCAUUUGACAACAUUUGAGGAUAAUGCAUACAUGUACACUGUGUAUCCAUUUGAAACUGGUGGUUCAUUACUCCUUUCUUCCUACCGUUAUCAUAAAAUAUCUCGAAAUAUAACGCAAGAUUACAUAAAUAUGUAUGUAGCAGUUUGGGCUGUUUGUAAUCGUGGCAGCUAUGGAAGUGACUGUAGCGUCAACUGCGUCCCACAAAAAAGAGUACGGCACUAUGGUUGUGAUAUUUUAACAGGUGCAAAGGUGUGUAUUCCUGGGUGGUUUGGUGAUGAAUGUAACAAAGUUGAUCACUGUGGUAUAUUAACACCAUGUGGCCCCAUGGGAACGUGUACUAAUACUCAUGUUGGAUACACUUGCUCCUGUAAACAUAAUUUUACAGGACCACAUUGUUCAGAACCCCCGAAUCAAUGCAGUCCAUUACAAGAUUUUUGUCAAAAUGGAUUUUGCUUACUAAAGUAUCUUGAUGAAGGAAACAGGAGUUUAUCCAAUCCAAUUCCAUACUGUGCUUGUAUACCUGGGUUUACAGGCAAAUGGUGUGAAUUGGAUAUAGAUGAGUGUUCAAUGAAACCGAAUAAUAAUGGUAGCAACAAAAGUAUUAAUAUCAACCACCAUAUAACAUCAUCUUGUAAUGUAAAUUCAAUGUGCGAAAAUCUCUAUGGAAAUUUUCGUUGUUUUUGUCAAAAUCAGUGGACUGGUCUACGUUGUAACACACCUCCAACUUUAUGGCCUGAUCAUUAUAAACCCAUGGUUAAUUCAAAUGGUUUACCUGACUUUAUAAAUUUUAAAAGAGUAAAUUUAUCAACCGUCUCAUUAGAAAACAACAAUGAUGACGUAAUAGUAAUAGAAAAAGCAAAUAAUAGUUGGAUAUAUGUGCUUAUCAGCGUAUUUAUUGUUCUGUGUCUUAUUUCAUGUGGAAUAUUAUAUUAUAUUUGUUGGAGACAAAAACGUUUAUGUGGUUUCUAUAGAACGGGUUGGAAUCGUGAACCUAUAAUUUCCAAAGUACUAUUUACUACAAAACCAACCUCUUCAAAUUUAAAUAAUGAACCAACUAUUCUAUGUAAUCAAACUCCACCAACACCACAAAGAUCUAUCACUAAACUAACAUUUAUACCCAGAUACAAUAUACCAAUACAAUCUGAAAAAUAUCAAUCAACAAUUUAUGAUGAAAUUCCUGAUUGUUUUUUACAAGAAAAAACACAAUUAACUACUAAUAUCCCAAUAAGUAAAUCUCAAUUAUCUAUAUAUGAGCCAUAUAGUCAAUUAGAAUAUGAUACAUUAGAUAUGACCAUGGAAACAAAAUAUACAAAUCAUCAUGAAAUAAUAAAUAAUAGUGAUUAUAAUGAUAAUCAUAUUCAUAAAAUUACUUAUCAAAAUUCAAAAAAUUUAAAACAAGAACAAGAAUUAGUUAGAACAAAUUGUAUGUAUCUUGAACCAAAACAACAUCUAUUUUAAUAUGAAUGAAUUAGGUGGUUAUUAACUGUUGUAUAACUUUGUUCCCCUAUUCAUUUAUCAUAAUAUAAAAUGUAUAUUAUUGUUGAUAAGAAAUAUUUUGAACGAACUGAUUUCAUUAUGAUUAUUUUAUUUUACUUUUAUAUGUGAAUAUUUUUAUCAUCGUUUUUUCUUUUGUGUACCAUUGAUUUGUAUCCGUUCUAAAUGGAUCAUUCUUUAGAUUGACUCAUUCAAUUUAUUUUAUAUACUAAAAAUACAAUUAUUGUUAUAUUC